GUCUAUUCCAAUUCCUCAGCUGUUUACCGAAACAGUGGCGGGGAAGCCUGCUGUGUUAUUGUUUGAACUGCAGAUUGCCUCUUCAAUCGAGAUUCGGUAAUAGAUCGUCGCGAUAACACCACAGACGAGACAACUUUUCCGUCUGCUCUCGUGGAGAACUGAGUGUGGGGGUUGUGAUCGUCUGUGGCCGGUGUGCAGUGUGUGGCAGCCCACAAGAUGGUGAAGUUAACACCCAACCAUGUCAUACCCCAAUCACCUCCAGGUUUCAGCAGUACAAGUAUUGUGCCCCAUCCAUAAGAGAAAGCAGAUUAAGCUCAACUAACCUGUACCAGUUAGCCCAGCAUGCUUUGCCAGAGCAGAGGAAAUGGUUACAGUAUCUAAUGGAGACUUUGAGGACAGAGAGAGUGACCGUGCAACAGGACCUAGAUGGACGGCUGUCCGACUUGGAGGAUCAGCUAGAGAGUGUUAGAGCAGAGGUCAAGGAUAUCCUCAAGGGCAUCUGAAGUGUCCUGGUGAAGAGAGCCAUGCAGCUUUCCAAGGAAAUGCAGCCCUAGGUCAGUGUCCCCAACUGCACUCAGGAAGAUGACAUUGACCUCACCCUUCACCUAGCAAUGAACUCUGCUCUCCUAUAGAGGAGUGUGAUGAUGUUCAUGUCGGUGCUGCUGACAGUAUUGAAGAGACUGGGUGCCAGGUGUCUGUUGGGCUUAAUAGCAGGUCACAAAAACAUUAUUUCCUUUAUUGUAACAUUUGUCAACCAGAAAAACAGCACAAAUCAUUCUGUGUGCAUGACUUCAGUGUGGUGGUAUGUAGCAUAAUAUUGAGUUUGUACAUGCACACGUUCGUCAUAUUGUGUGCACCAUCAUGGGGUGUAACGUCUCUGUAGUUUUCUUCAGGUGUCUUUGCUUCGGAUACCCAUCCUUGGUGCCCCGCCAACCCGCUUCUGCCGCCUCCCCAGGUGUCAAAGGGCAGGAAACUGUCAUUCAGCCAGAGUCUCCUUGCUCCUCUAUGUUGAGCCCAGACAGUCUGAGGCCCACCCCCUCCAGCUACGACCCCCUCCUGGCCAGGAGGAAGCUCACCCCUGUGUGUCACGUGUGGACGCCGCUUCCACAGGAAGUGUCACAUUCUGCCCAUCUAUGCCUUAUCCACCACCUCUCUUAACAUCGUCCUGAUACGGGGACUGUUGCUGCAGAAACUGCCCCACCCCUUACCGCACCCAGUCAGAAUUUGUGUCCGAUGUCUGGCUUCUCCACACACUGUUGAAGAGCGAGAAGUAUUCCAAGUCAGUGGACCGACUUGAGGCAUGUUUCGGGAGGGAGCUGGUCAAAAUGCUUGUGGGGAUCCUGCACCCUUCGCUGCUCGUCAACCCCUACCAAGGGGAAGCGGAGAGGAGUGCAGAACAAGAGGGGGACAAGGAGAAAGUGUCCAUGAGGAGAAUCCAAGGCCUCUAGAGGAGGAGCACGCAGGCAGAGUUCUUUCACACAGGACUCGAUGAAAGAUGAAGAAUGGCAGCAGAAGGCUGUAUUUGUGUAUUUAAUUUGGUCUUUGAAUUCCUUGGUGAACAUAUUUGUACAUGGUUGCAGCCAAAUAUUGGCACCCUUGCACUUUUUUUUCCUUUAAAAAAAUUGUUAUUCUAAAAUAACUUGAAAUUUGGAAAAACCUUUGGUCUCUACACCUUACUGUAUUUUCAACAUUACAGACCCAAUUGGUAAUUUUAAGUUUACAAUUUGGCAUGUACAAAAUGAUUGGCAAGUACUUGGUUGCAUAGCCUUUGGCCAAGAACUGCAGACAAAUGCUUCUUGUAGGCAUCAGUAAGCUGGCUGCAUCUUAAUACUGGUGAUUUUACUCAGCCUUCAGAAGCAAACUGCUCUAAUUCUUUAAUGUUUGAGGGGUGCCCUCCACCAACUGCUGUUGUCAGCUCUCGCCAUAGGUUAUGGAUGUGGCAACUGCUCGGCCUCGUUCCUGCCAUCCAGGACCUCCUAUACCAGGCGGUGUCAUAGGAGGCCCUACAAUUUGUCAGACUCCAGUCACCCUAGUCAUAGACUCUUCUCUCUGCUACCGCAUUGCAAGCUGUGCCAAGUCUAGGUCCAAAGGUCUUAACAGCUUCUACCCCCAAGCCAUAACUCAAGCCAUAACUGCUGCUCUUUAAUCAUUUGUUACUUUUUAUAUAAUUUGCUUAUAUAUAUAUUCGGCGUGUGUGACAAAUUUGAUUUGAUUCAGAUCUGGCCACUCCAGAACAGUCCAGCGUUUCUUCUUGAACCAUUCCAGGGUGCCUUUUGAUAUUUGUGUGGGGUUGUUGUCCUGCUGAAAUUACCAUCAACCUUCCAACCGAGACCAAGUGUUUGGACACUGGGUUGAACAUUGCACUCCAAAACACCUUCAUAAUCUGCUGUUUUGCUUAUGUACAAGGCCCCAAGCACCAGAGGCAGCAAAGCAACACCACAGCAUUAUCAAACCUUCCCUAUGUGUGUAGUUAUUUUCUUAAUUUGGUUGUUGGUUAACAUAGGAAGCCCCCACUGCCGAAGAAGGCUCAAGAAAGCCUGAUUGAAUGCUGGACUGUAGUGGAGUGGCCAGCCAAUAUUCCAGUUUUAAAUCCCAUCCAAAACCUAUGGUAAGAGCUGAAAAUAGCAGUUGGAAGAAUAUGAGCAGUUUGCUGUGAAGUGAGACAAAUUGCCAGUAGGAAGGUGCAGCAAGCUCAUUGAUGGUACAAGAAGUGUUUGUCUGCAGUUGGCCAAAGGCUGUAAUUUUGUCUGCCAAUUGUUUUUAUUUUCUAAAUUAGUAGUUUGCAAAAAAACAAUGGGUUCUAGAAUGUUGCAAAUCCAAGGUCUGGAGACAAAGUUCUCAAUUUCAAACUAUUUUUGAAGAAAUGGGGAAUUAAUUGAGAAGUGCAAGGGUGCCAACUAGUUUGUUACAAAGUUGAUUUUUCCACAAGGGAUAAACAAUGUUGCACAUGGUUUGACUUUUGGGGUUUAAUUCACCUUUUUGUCUAUUUACAAUAAAUACUUAUGUGCAUCUUAUCUCUAUGAUUUUGUCUUGAUCAAGUUUGGUAAAUGUCACAACUUGGUGAAACUCUUACUGGGCACUAUUCAAACAGGACCUUGGUAAAGUAGAAAUGUCCGUAAUAUUACCACCAGCAGGUGGCAUUGGUCAUCAGUGUAUUGACAAUGCGAAAUGUUGGUUUUCCCAUCAUAUAGGUUCAAAAAGCUCUAUACGUCUUUGCUCUUAUGUCUACGGGGUGGGAUAACUAUUAAUUGCAGGUUAUUUUAGCAUCUACACGCAGUUUUUGCCUUUUUGGUAUAGAUUGUUCUGUUAAUCCCAAAAUGGUGCUUAAUUAAUUUGUGUCCAUUUAAUAACUAAACUCCAAGAACAAUGGUGAAGAUAAAAUCGAUACAUUUGAAGGUUAGUAAUGUAUGCUAUUGUGUUUUUAAUCCCUGGGCACGGCGUUCGAGACGAAACGCGUUGGCCGCAGACAUGCGCACAGUCCUCAUUGGCCCAUACUUUUUGGCCAUCAGCGAACAGGGCCCGCCUAUCCUUUAUAAAUUGCUAGACAUCACAAUCCGAGGGAGUUCACUUUGUGUAUCCUACACGCUGAGCAGAGCCACGGAAACAGCUGCGCCCCUUUUACAAAUGGUUGUCCAAGUAAACCAGCCAACUCGCCACUACAGCAAAACGAUGGAAGGAAGUCAGCAAAAGGUGGAGGCUAAUGUCUUGCUACUUGGAGCUGAAAGCGUCGGUAAAUCUGCUCUCACGGUGCGGUUUCUCACCAGAAGGUUUAUCGGCGAAUACGGCGAUAUUGAAUCCAUCUACAGUCACACUGACCGAAUAGAAGGACGGGAGAUCAGCUUUAAUAUAUGGGAUUCGCUUUGCCCCCAGAAUGGUGAGGUCGAGGGACACAUCAGCGACAGACAACUCCAGUGGGCGGACGGUUUCAUUCUGGUUUAUAGCAUAUGUGACCGUGCCAGCUUCAACGUGGUGCGGCAACAGGUGCAGCGCAUCCAGCAAGCCAAAAGCAAGUUCCCCGGAGCCCAUCCCAUCAUUAUCGUGGGCAAUAAACGUGACCUCCAGCAUCGCCGCACUGUCUCCAGUGAGGAAGGACGCCUCCUCGCUCUUUCCACGGACUGUGGCUUCUUUGAGAUCUCUGUAGCGGAGACAUACCACGAGGUACAACUGGUAUUUCACGAACUGUUCGACCUUAUCCGAGAGGCGAGGGCGCUCAAGAAGGGGGCAGCUGGGAUCAAGGGUAUUGUGAGAAGCAUGUCCGCCGUUUUCGGAAGGAAGAGGACUGAGUAGUUCCAAUAUAGCUGAAUACGAGAGACGUUGAGGUGUUACUGUAGUUCUGCAUCUAAACAGCCCAGGACUUGUCCGUGCAUAAAAAGGAUGGUUAUGUUUCCAUAUUGGAAUAAGUCCAUGCACAGCUCUAUGAUUUAGGCCUAACUGAACUCAAGCCGGUUGGAUUGUUACUCGAAUGAGAUGAUUGACAAUCAAAUCCUAUCAAACUGACAGGAUUAAGUACUCUUAUUUGUGUCGGAGGUCAGGUGGCCUAAAGUAGCAGAAAUAUGCCCUUAAAUUGCCAACUUGUUAGAUUGCCUUGCAACAUGCCAUACAAUUGCCAACUGUAAAGCAGAAGGGUUCUUGUUUAAAUUCCUGGAAGAAGUAUUGUGGAGAACCUAUGUGCAAUAGACAACUUAUUUCUCUUCACAAAUCUGUAUCAGCAUGCAGAAUGUUCUACGGGUCAGGUCUGCUUUGUCUUAUUGGCACAAUCCCUUGGACUAUUGACAGUCUAUGCAAGACAGAUAAGUGAAUGUGUAGCAUUAUAAUGGUGUGAUCAUUACAUUUGCUCCCUUAGACUCUAGUUUUGUUGCGUUUCCAUCCACGGCACCUACAUCAAUCACACCUUUAAGGUGUUUUGAAAGGUCAGCCAGUGGGGGACCAUUCUCUGUUCAUUUAAUGUCAAUACCAUCUAUUUGUCUGAGAGUGCUGUACAUUUCACGUCUUUGAAGAAUGCCGAGGCCUACUUGACUUUCAUAGACAUGUUUGUCCACUGCAUUAACACCCCUAUUUCAAUAGCCUACUGAUUCUAUCAUUUUUUUUGUGUAACUUUUCAUGAAUUAUGACAACUGAAGUCAUGUUUGUUAUACAAGUCAUUACUUUAACUGUACAAAGUUUACAUACUAUAGAACUUGGUUGUACAAUUUCAUAAUAAAAUGUGAAAUGAAU